GUCGACGCGCACCAAACAACAAGGACAGUCGUCAGUAGAGGUGGAAAGCAAAUUUUCAUUCUCGCGUUCACGCCAGAAUGUAGUCCACGUUCGGUGCAGCGUUGAAUCAUUUUGCAGUGUGAAAAAAAAAUCCGAAGUACUUUUUAAUUGUUGAGUCAAUUGUAAUUUUGGAAACCCCUAGUAGGCUUUGAUCGAUUGCAAACGAUCCUUUGUCUUCACGCACAACCGAUAGCUCUUGGCAGCAUAAGAGCACUCGCCCAAAACUUCAGCUCCCAAAGCAAGGUCGCAGAAAAGCAGAGAAAUGCGUUUGAUCGAUAAAGUCAGGGAAGUGGUCACGGUCCCCGUGUCACCGAAGUACCUUCGAAUUUCGACAAUUCUGAUUGCGAUUUAUAAAGUGCUCAUCGCCCAUGUCUUGCUGUUCAUCAUGCUACUGGGAUUGGCCCAUGCUGAGGAGAUGAGUGCCAUCCUCGGGGCGGACAUUGCCGACCAGAAGGAGCGCGAGGAGUAUGUUUACAUACCGACCAAUGCCAAAGGCGAGACCAUGAACCAGCUGCGGUUCAAAUCGGCUGCCAGCCUUGCCUCGGUAACGCUGUAUAUGUUGUACGUCGGGACGACUUUGGCGACAAUUUACGUUCUGAGCUGUCUGGGACUGUUGAUUGGAACGCUUCGCAAUCGGCACGAGUUCUUCAUCCCCUGGAUGGUGGUGGACUUCUUCGGAACGUUGAUUUCGGCGUCCGUCAUGAUCGCAGUAGGCUACAAUAAGGUGGCCUACUACGGUAUCGGACAGUGGCAGUACUGGGGCUUCUGUGCCGUAAUGACGGCGUUCAACAUCGUCAUCUGGAUGGUGGUGCGGAUGUUCUACAAGAAUCUGGUGCACAUGACCAAGCUGCGCGAGGUUGCCGUGGUGGCCAUUCCGUGUCCCUCGCCGGGCUCCAAGCAAAUCCCGUACCACUUCCGGAAGGAGAACAUGCACCUGAGCGAUGGUGGCCUGAAGCAUAUUUUGUUCGAUUCGAACGAAGCGAAUUAUUUGGUCUAAACUGGAAAGGGUAGGAGGAUCGUUUUGAUGUCCUUCGCAGAGCAUGAAACGGAGAAGUUUUGUGAUAAUGAGAUUAAUUUAAUUGGAGAUUGUGACAUGCAAUAAGAAGAUUAGCUAUGUUUUGGAAACACGUGAUGAGAUGAAAUUAUAUUGAAAAACUCCUUUGAACAACUUUUCAGAACUGUUAGAACUAACAUUUAUGCUAACAAUAUGAACAAUGCAAAAUACUACCUAUAAUUAACUCCUUGACUAACUUUCCUGAUUAGUAGAUAAAUAAAGUGAAAACUUAUCUCUAUGGGAUUGCAA